AUGGAAAAACCAGAAGAUGAAGAUGUUCUACUUGUCACUGAACAGAAACAAGGUAACAUUUCAUUUUCACUCUCAAAAAACACGAUGUAUGUAUCCCUUAACAUGGCACCAUUGAGUUAUGAUGUGUUUGUGACUCAGAGAAGUGGCGCGAUUCAACAAGCCGUGGGACAAGCUAUUCGCGAUGAGCGUAUUAUGAAUCCGAGUGUGAUGAAUCCUGUUGCACUUGUUGAGAAUCAUCCUUCUUGUAGAAGGAAUAGAGAUGGACACAAAGUGCUUCCUAAUGGUCAAACUUGGAGGCCUCUUUGGUUGCUUUUAUGUUACUCAAUGAAGAUUCUAUCAGAAGCAACUAGCCUUUCCAAAACUCAAGACCUGUUUGACAUCAAAAAGGUGUUUGGUUAUCGUGUUCGAACUCCAUCGCUUCCAUACCUGUUAUCUUGGUUGAUGCAGCCGCAAGUCCAUCCAAAACUCGCGGCUGAUCAAGGUGGUAUCGACACUAGCAAUUCUGAAAUUGAGUCUGCAGAGUUGUCUGAUUCUGAUCAAGAUGAAGAUGAAUACGACACUCUCUAG